GUACAAAACCUCAAGAUGCUAGUAGGGAAAAAAUAGCCAAUAUUUAGGAGCUCGGUUGUCAUGCUUAGCUGUUUAUCGCUCAUUUGGCUAAAAGUACACAAUCCUUUACAAUCUUCGUGGUUUUUCCUGUGAAGAUUUCUUGUGAAUAACCAGUGUCAUGGUAUUUUCGAGUUUUAAGUGAAUUCAUAAAUUCAUGUUCUUUGUAUACUAGGAUUAAACCGGAAUUAAAGGUGUUUGUUUGCAGCUGAUGCGAAAAAAAAGAGUACUUUUGAAGAGCUGGAAUGUUGCCGUGAUUGGCUAAACUAUUUGUUAAGUAAAAGCAUAAAUUCGUAAUUUGUGCAUGUAUUGAUUGAAUACGGUUUUUUUUCUUUUCAUGAUCUGCUAUGAAAUUGGAAUCUGUGCAGAAUUGUUUCAUCAAGCUUAUUCAAAUUUGUGGCAAAAAUGGUUUUUUGAAUAUUGGGAGAACAGAUAGUUCAACAGCUAUUUGCUAUGGGCCUUUAGGUUCAUUAUUGAAACGAAAUGUAUUUAGAGAAUGGUUGUUUUCAGUUUUAAAUAAUAGCGAUGCUACUGUAUUUCCUGUGGAAAGGCAGUCAAGAGAAGGAAGACUUCUUUUAGAAAAAAUACCACGUGAAGCUGCUGACUAUCUAUUAUCAGAUGUUGUGGGUAUAUACAUUGAUACUCUUCCUGUUGUGGGAUGUAAUUUGCCUUUUGGCAUUGCUGCUUAUGGACAUUGUGUGAAUUCCAUGAAAGUUUCUUCCUUAAAGGAAUCAACUGAUUCAGUUCUCAAAACAAAUUUAAGAGGAUUGAAAGCUUGGACUCGUAUGUCAUUAGCAUUUUUUACACCACGAAAAAAGGCUACACAUUGGUUUCACUACUGGUCUCGUCAGAGAUACUUAUGGUGGAGAAAGUUUUCUAGUAUACCUUCAAAGUUUUCUCUGUCAGAGGUUGUGAAGACUCCAGAAGGAAAUGAACAUUUGUCAAUACAUUUGGAAUUUCCUUGGGGGAAUGAACUAUUAGAGACAACAACUCUGUAUGAAAAUAACUUUUCCAAGGAUUUAUGGGCUUGCCAUAGUUCCAAACAUAUCUCGAACAAGAAUUUUGCUGAUAUGCCAUCAAUUGUGACAUGUGAAACUGAACUGGAUAUGGCUGUUCUGGCAUAUCUUGCAAAUUCCUAUACCAAAAAACUGAGAGGAGAGGAGAUCAGAAAUGUAUUUCAGUUACAUUAUAAGUUAGCUCCUUAUAAAGUUUGCUUUUCCUUAGAAGGAAAUAAUAUGGAAUUUAUGAAACAGUUAGAUGAUAUUAGGAAGCACCUGACAAAGGAAUUAAAAUGUGCUGGGAUUCUUGUUUUACCCAAAUUUGAUAUUAACCCUUUGGAAGAUACCCAGUUUCAUUAUGUUAGAUUUGAUGAAAUGGGUAUACCAUACACUGUUGUUUUGAAUGAUAAUGUUCUGCAAACUGGAAUAGUUGGACUAAGGAACAGAGACACCACAGUACAAGAGCAGAUACAUAUAAGUGAAUUGACAUCCAAACUUCUGAAAUAUCUUCAGAUAAGAACUUUGGACCAAAUAUGAAUUGAUUUUAUAAAUGCACAGAAAAUUCAAUGAAUUUGUAAAUUUUAUUUAUUCGAAAUAAGUGUUUCAUCUUUACCAUUUUUGUGAUUAAAAAUGUUGCAAUUUUACAUUUUCUGUAGUAGUCAGUUCUGUGAUUAAAGAAUGUUCUUACUAGCCUA